UCUGUGAGUGUUAAUCAGAAGCUGAAUGAUAGAAGAUGGUUCUGGAGGAGGGCAGCAUUAACACCAUCAGCAGCACCAGCAGUAGCAGCAGUAGCGGUGUUAGUUUCCACAGCAGGCUGCUCUCAGUCAUGUCGCUGCUGGCUCAGUCUGCUGUCACCGAGAUCGGGAAACUGUACGACGAUGCUUUCAUUGUUCUGCGCUUAGAAAUCUGCAGAAAAGACUCAGAGAUGGAGGAUCUGAGGAGAAAACUGGAAGCUGUAAAAAACGAACUGAGGAGAGUAAAAGAGAGUCAAAGAGCAGAGAGUCUGAAAUCCAGUAUUACAGAAAGAGCAGCCGAACAAGACGAGUCUACAGAGAAACAUCAGCAGCUAGUUUCGAGAUCUCAGCCUGACGCCGACGUGAAUGAUGGAAUGCAGAAGGAUUCAGCAGUAAAUGUUCAUUGUGCAUCUCCAGAAGAAAUGAACUCGCCGGACAUUGACACUGAUUCAGCGCUUGUUCCUGCAGGGACACAGUCCAAAUCUCAACCUUCUACAGAUGAUGAUAAGAAUCCAGUUUCCCAGUUUAAGUCGGACCAGGAGAUAAAUACGGUUACUGUAAAUGAAAGUAUUGUGGAGUGUGUCGUGAUUGAGGACAGAGAGACACAGCUGUCUUCAUCUGCAUCUGUCAAAAACAGCGUGGACCAUCCAGAAGAUCCCGACUGCUCUAUCGUAUCUGAGCAAACAGGUCAGAGAGCGAAGGUAGCCCAGCAUCCUCUCAUCUCUUCUGUGUGGAGUGUUGGCUCCAGCCCUUCCACUCCAGUCAAUCACAAGCCAAACAGACUCAACAUGGAACAAAUAGGACAGCAAAGGAGUAUGCAAAACCACCCCUGGAACCAAGGAACUCCGACAGCUGGCGACCCCUCACGACAUGUCCUGCCUAGAGUAAACAUUAUGACCCAGCAGAGGUUCCCUGUGCCACGUCAAAAUCCAAGAACUCAAGACCACGCCACUCAGUCAGGCAAUCUUACCAACCAAAACCCCUACAGAGAAGCACCCAGACUACCUGAGAGCAGUUUAGGCGGUGUCAGACCUUCACAGAGGACAAAGCCGAUGAGAGAGAAAUGGUUCAUCUGUUCGUUCUGCGGGAAAAGUUUUGACCGCAUCAGCCACCUUCGGAUCCAUCAAAGGAUUCACACCGGAGAGAAGCCGUUCUGCUGCAGCAUGUGCGGGAAGAGAUUCUCCCAGCAGAGUAACCUCCGCACCCACCUCAAAACCCACAGCAGCUUCGGGACUCAGACUGUAUCAACGUGAAAAAAAAGAAGGAAAACAUGCAGGACAAUCAUCAUUUCAUAUUCAACAAUCUGCUUCAUUCUGGUCACAGUUGCAGAAGGUUCAGGGUCAUUUGGAAACACUGGGCGCAAGAAUUAAUAUACUGGACUGGUCACCAGUUAAAUAAUGCCAGCAGCUUCUGUGGCAUUGUUUAACUGAAUCUGUUAUACAAGAACCACAAAAAAGCUCCUGAAACAUACUGUGCACAGACAAGCAAGCUUAACAAUUAAGAGGUUUGGAGGCUGCUAUGAAAGAAAAAAGCACCUGUGUCAAAACUGGCACCUUAAAGCUAAAAGGUUUGUCACUUGGCAUGUAACAUGGAACAUGGCAGCUUCUAAACCCAUAUGUUACAUAUUUUCGCUCAUUGUGGCUCAUCAUCUCAAUCUUUGUUUUAUCUGCCGAUGACACUCUUUCACAGAAACCCUGAUGCUGAUGUAAAGCUUGCUUGAAUGUGGACAGUUACACCUGUCAUCCAGCAACUGUUAAUUGAUGGCAGAUCUGGGUUUUUUUUGGUUUCCUGGAUUACUUUUAAAAAUCUGGACAAAUGUCCUCUUAGCUUAAGGUGACGGUUUGGGGUUUUGUUUAAAAUAUUGGUAAAGAAACAACUGUUCCAUGUAUUUUGUACUUACAGGCAAUUUUUGUUGACAAUAUUAUGGAAAACGAAUCAAUGAUCUGCUUUCUGAGAUUUGUACGAAGCUUUUUGGACUUUCACAUUAAAUUUAUGGUGGAUGGUGGGUCAAUCUAAUGGUUACAGUCAGGCUAGCCCAAUUUAUACGGACACAGAGAAGUCACCUGCUGUAGUUAAUUGUAAUCACUAGAAAGAAAUUUGGAGGUCAUGCCACAAAAUGACAUUAUUUACAUUUCUUCACCACUACAUGAUGUUUUUAUACUUUUAAUCCAGAAGUUUGUCUCAUACUGUCAAAAAAUCCACAUUUUCAUGUUGCAGAAAGUAAGAGUAUGUAACCUUUUAUCCUCAAGUGUAAUUAUUUUGGUUUUAUUAAUUUUCACCAUUUAUUUUUACAAUAAACAAAACUUUGCAAUAAA